AUGGCCAAACCACAACAAAGAAAGUCCAGACAAAAGUCUACCCGCCGCGCCCAGGACGCGUUCCAGCUUGCGGAAAAGCAGGCGAAUGGCGAGUCCUCGGACGAGGAUGACGACAGGACGUACCGCGGCAAUAGUGCCAUCGUGAACUCGCGCCGCUUCACCGGCGAAAACGACGAGGAAGCCGAAUUUGAGGACGAAGAGUUGGACUCUGACGAGGCGUUGGGCUCCGAGGAUGACUACGACGUGUUGUCCUCGAAGUUCUCACAGACCAUCAGAGACAAGGCCAAGGCCAAGAAGGACGCCAAAAAAGAAGCGCGCAAGGCCGGUAAACCGUUAUCAUUGGAUGAAGAGUCCGAUGAGGAGCUCUACGACAGCGUGGAUGAGUCUGAGUUUGUUUCGUUAUCCGAGGUGUGGGAUAGAGACGAGAAGGACUUGGCCAGCUCCAAAGCCACGGGACAGGACGUUGUGUUAAAUGACGACUGGGAAAGUGAGGAGAGUGAAAGUGAGGAAAGUGAGGAGAGUGAAAGCAACGAGAGUGAGAACGACGAAGAGGAAGAGGAAGAUUCUGAUUCCGAUGAUUUGAAUGACUCCGACGUGGAUCUCACCUCCACCGUGGCAAAGCUUUCUGGAGUCACCAAGACCCGCAAGGCCAAAAAAUUCCUCACCACCGUUGGUCUUGAGGAAAACGAAUUCAACCUCCCAACAAACGGAAAGAAGCUCUCGCUCAAGGACAUGAUGUCUGUAGUGGAUGCGUCCACGCAGAAAGAGGCGAUUUUGAUCGACAAGGAGGAGGAAAAGUCACAGGCGUUGGCCGUGCCGUUGCCGAAACGGAUCCAGGAGCGUAACGAGCGCCUGGUAGCGUACGAGUUAUCCAAACAGGAGGUAGAUAAGUGGGAGGAUACAGUCAAGCAGAAUCGCAGAGCCGAGGUGUUGCAGUUCCCCAUGAACCCAGAACCGGCUGUCUCGGUUCCAUCGGCGUUUACGCCAAACUCUAUCCACGAACCGCUUACGGAGUUGGAGCACAAGGUAAAUGACUUGUUGAAGGAGUCGCUCUUGUUGGACGACAAGAAGGAGCAGCAGUUCGAGGACUUGGCGACGGCAAAGAUCCCGAUCGAGGAGAUGAAAAAACGCCAGGCGGAGUUGAGGUUGAUGCGCGAGUUGAUGUUCCGCGAGGAAAAGAAGGCCAAACGUGUCAAGAAGAUCAAGUCCAAGGCGUACCACCGCAUCAAGAAGAAGGAGUUGGCCAAGACGCAGGGCUUGGUUGAGGGCUCCGAUGACUCUGACGCCGAGGAGCACGAUAUGAAGCGCGCAAAAGAGAGAAUGUCGUUAAAACACAAGAACAACUCCGCAUGGGCCAAAAACUUGGUCAAGUCGGGUUUAUCCAAGGACAAGUCGAACAGAGACGAGAUGGAAGAGAUGUUGAGACAGGGCGAGAAGCUCAAGGCCAAGAUUUUGGGCUAUCGCGAGGGUGAGCAGAGCGACGACAACGUAUCAGACCUUGAGAGGGACGAUGUUUCAGAUAACGAGGAGCGCGGUGGCUUGGGCAAGGGUGUAAUGGCGAUGGACUUUAUGAAAAACGCCGAGAAGCGUGAGCGCGAUGAAAAUACCAAGACGUUAGAGUUGUUGAGAAAGUUGGAAGCCGACGGGGACAUUGAGGGGUUCGAGAAGGAGGUUGAUGCGACAUCGAGAAAUGCCAACCAGGGGAGAAGAACGUACACCCCGAGCGCCGCCGCUGCCAGGGCCGCGACCAAUGAGUUCAACUCUCGGGUGGUGGAGGAGACAAAAGUGGAUGAAACCAAAUCAUUGAAGAAUAAGUUAUCUGCAAAGUUCCAGGCUACGCCGGAGGCGGGUCAGGAGGCUGCGCCGAUUGAAGAAAAGGCGGAUGCCGCCAAUCCGUGGAUGGCUGGCGGCGAGACCCACCAGAGAACAUCCAAGAUCACGGUGGUGGACAAGUCCUCUUCCAAGACACUGAAGCAUGGUGCAAAGAUCGCCAAGAAGGGCAAGAGAACCGCGGCACAGGUCGCGUCCGAAGACGCGUUGAUCGACAUGGACCAGACAUUGAAGAUCCAGGACCCGCUCGCAGACGACUCCGAUGAGGGCGAGGCGAUGAUGUUCAAGCAGAAGAGCUUGAUCAAGCAGGCGUUUGCGGGUGACGACGUGGUCAGCGAGUUCCAGGCGGAAAAGAAGAAGGUCAUCAAGGACGAAGGCGAUCAAAAGGAAGACAUGACACUUCCGGGCUGGGGCGGCUGGUGUGGUGGGAACAAAAAGAACAAGAAGAAGAAGGUGGUCAGGACGAUCCAGGGUGUGGUCCAGGCCAACAACCGUAAGGAUAAGCACAUGAAGAACGUCAUCAUCAAUGAGCGUGUCAACAAAAAGAACUUGAAGUACCAGUCGGGUGCCGUUCCGCAUGGUUUUGAUAAUAGCGAGCAGUACGAACGGUCUUUGAGAAUGCCAAUCGGCCAGGAGUGGACCAGCAGAGAGACCCACCAGAGAUUGACAAUGCCGCGUGUGGUGGUCAAGCAGGGUCGGGUUAUUGAUCCGUUGAACGCGCCGUUUAAAUAA